AUGAACUUGUCAGAUCCAUCUGGUGAUGAAGAUUCAAGCAGUGAUGAGUCUUCUGUGCCAGCCAAACGCAAACGAGUGGAUACAUAUGGAGCUUCUUCUACCACAUCUCAAGGAUCAGUUGCCCAAGAAUCUGGUGAUGAUUCACCGAUACGCAAUACAGAAGGAAAUAAUCUGCGAAUAAGCAGAAGUAGUUUAAGUGAGAAUUGUUCUUCACCAAAUGACGGUUAUGAUGAUUACCGUAUUGGAUUUGCUGAUAAUGCAGAACAAGGAGAGGGGUCUAUGCGUCCAAGUUUUCAUCAAGAACCUAACGAUGAUACAUUUUACAAUAAAAACUCCUCUAGUCAUGGUGAAAUGGAUGAAGCCUUUAGCAAAGAUUAUUCAGAAAAGUCAAAACGUAUUAUGAGUAACAUGGGGUACAAACCUGGAAAAGGCUUGGGUAAAUUCGAGCAUGGGCGUGUCGAACCUGUAGAAGCGUCAACACAAAAAGGACGAAGAGGAUUGGGCUCCAAACCAUCUAUUCUUGGGGAACUUCCUAAAGAUUUAAAAUGGUCUCCUGAUGAAGUCAGCCCAGAAGCAAAAGAAGAGCCAGUCUGGUUAACAUCUGAAAUGGACGAACCAUUGUCUGGAGAUUUAUUAGAUGAAUGGCUUCGAAAAGGACCAAAGAAAUUGACUAUAAAUGAUGAAACUUUGUUCGUGGAGCCACAUAUAUUAAAAGGAGUUCUUGAUUCAAAGACUAUUUUUGAUACCUUGGAUGACGAAGACCUAAGACACGCACGUUUUCGUAGCAAUCCCUAUGAAACAAUUGGUUCUGUAAUAUUUCUUAACAGAGCAGCUGUAAAAAUGGCAAAUAUUGAUGCAGUAUUUGAUUUUAUGUUUACUAAUCCAAAAACUCGAAGUGGAAAGCCUGUUAUAGAUAAUAAAGAAAUAUUAUAUUUCGCGGAUGUCUGUGCUGGUCCCGGCGGUUUCUCUGAAUAUGUUUUGUAUAAAAAAGGAUGGCGGGCUAAAGGUUUUGGAUUUACUUUGCAAGGCCCAUGCGAUUUCAAGCUGUCCGAUUUUUAUGCGGGUCCCCCGGAAACCUUUGACGCGUACUACGGUAAGAAGGGCGACGGUAAUAUAUUUGAUCCUGAAAACCUGACGUCUUUGAAAGAUUACGUCUUAAAACAAACAAAUGAUAAAGGAGUACACUUUUUAAUGGCAGAUGGUGGUUUUUCAGUAGAAGGUCAAGAAAAUAUACAGGAGAUCCUUUCAAAACAAUUGUAUCUAUGUCAAUGUUUAGCUGCACUCAUGCUUGUUAGGACUGGAGGACAUUUUGUCGUUAAAUUGUUUGAUGUAUUUACUCUCUUUAGCGUGGGUUUAAUUUACAUCAUGUAUAAAUGUUUUGAUCAAGUGUGCAUUCACAAACCUGUGACGUCAAGACCUGCCAACUCUGAAAGAUAUUUGAUAUGUAAAUGGAAAAAAUUGGGUACGGAAUCUGCUGAGCAACAUUUGUAUCAUGUGAAUUGUAUCUUAUCUGAUGAGCGCGAUAGCGAUGAUGAUGUCACAGAACUCGUCCCCUUAAAUGUUAUCCAGGAGGACAGCAAAUUUUUUGAAUACAUAUUCUCAAGUAACUGUGUUUUAGGUGAGAAACAAAUUAAAAAUUUGCUUAAAAUAGCUGCUUAUAGUAAAGAUAAAAGUUUGAAGGAAAGUAACCAAGCGACCAUGAGGGAACAAUGUCUGAAACUGUGGCAUUUACCAGAUGAAGUCAGGAAACAACCAGAACGCCUCGGACCCGAUGACACUCUGCAAAAUAUAUUGUCUUCACUAAAAGAAAAAACUUUGACUAGUAGCACUCACGGUUUUAAAACGAAUACCUUAAACAAACCCCCCACGUAUAUAGAGACCCCCUCUGAUUUAAACAUUUUUAAGCAUGUAUAUGAUUGGCAUUUUAUGUUUCUGAGCAGCGGUAAAAAUAAUCCAGAUUUAAGAAUAUUUAUAGGAUGUGGAGGAAAACAUGUAUUUCAGUUAGAAGGUAGUACAUGGAAAAUCGCUACUGACUUGCAGUUGAGAUUGCCGGCGAAAACUUUAAUUUAUGCAGAAGUAAUAAAAGAAUAUAAAGGUGAAGGUACAACACAAAGCUUCAGUAAAGCUCUACACAUCAUUGAUGCUAUGAUGUUGGGUGGAGUUGACAUUUCAUAUAUGUCCCUCACUGACCGAAUAAUACAGUGCGAUUUAUUUUGCACUGCCCUCAAUAAACCAUUUGAUAUUUACGCCUUGAAAAUCAGAUGCAAAAGAAUGUUUAAUAUGGAAAAUUUUGCAACAGCAAUGAAUUAUUUGGAGUAUCGUGCUAUGAAACGCAUAAAAAAGGCUGUGACUAUUGAUACACCAAAUAGAAUCAACAGAGAUGGCAUGUAUUACAUGGUUGGAUCAGUUUUGUUUAUAAAAGAAAUUAAAGAGCCAUGGAUAGCGCAAAUAUCUAAAUCAACUAAACAUAAGUAUUACUAUAAUACAAGAGAUAAUAGGAGCGAAUAUUUUAUAACGGAGGAUGCUCGUGUUGAUAUGCCAACUGCAUACACGUCCCGCGUGCAAUGGCCUUGGGAAGAUGCCGCAGUAGCUAUUUGUGAGAACAAAGUUAACAACAGAAUAUCUAGGGCAGCCAUGGAAGAAUUUAUAUCAUCUAAUGUCAAAAGAUAA